CAAGUUUCGGCGGGAGCGAGCAGUGUCGCCAACAUGACUACCACAACCCACUGUCUGCUGCGUACAUUGUUGAGGGAGGCCCGGCAGUGCAGCGGUAACCUUGCGUUACGUAAAACUUCCUUCACGAAUCCACCUACGAAGUGAUAUUUUGUUUAAAAUACCCUUGCAGAUAUUUUAUUUUUUAUUUUAUUUUUGUGUGCUACCAUGUUUUAAAUCAUACAUAAUUUUGACACGGGGAAAAAAAUUAAUUUUCUUAUGAUUAUUUCUUGAACUGCUUGAGUUUGAGAGUGCGGAGUGUUCCAUCCCGUUUGGUUUUGAAAGAAUGGAUCGUAACGCAAUCAUACAAUUCGAGUGCUGUGAUUGUUUCGUUUUUACACGAAUAUGUGUGACACAGUGAGUGUUCUUGCGGUUUGAAUGAUUACUCCGAAGAUUUCCUGUGCUUGUGGAUACGACUUCGCAGCGCACGAAGAUAACAACAUAAAGGAGAUCAAUGGCUGGUUUCUGAAUUUAAGUUAUUAAUGCAUUUAUGGAUUUCCAGCUAAGUUGAUAAGAUCACCGCUGUCCAUUGACCUCGACACUCGGCUGAGUUCUACUUCUUCACUCGGUUGGAGAGCACGUGAUGGAGAUAUCCAGCGGCGGCUAGCAAGAGACAGACCGUGAAGAACCCCCCCGUGGCUGCUGUGCGGACGUCGAGAGAGCGAGAGUGUCCGGGACCUUGCGGGCCUCCUGGCGCGGGACAGUGCGGAGUGUCGGUGGUGAUGAGAGUCGCCGAUGAAGGGCCCGGUGCCGGCGAGGCGCGGCCACGCGCGGGCGCCCACGGCGGCGGGAGGCGACCCCCCUCGUAGGUCACCCGGAGCAGAGCCAUGGCCGACAACACCGUGGACCUGAACGGCACCUUGUACGCCGUGUCCGACAGCGAGGGCCGGCGCGCCAUCCUGUUCCAGUUCGUGACCAACGGCGUCUUGCUGAACGCCGUCGGAGCCCUGGGGGUGUUCGGCAACGUCGUCUCCAUGAUCAUCCUGUCGCGGCCGCAGAUGCGCUCGUCCAUCAACUACCUGCUGAUCGGGCUGGCGCGCUGCGACACGGUGCUCAUCAUCACGUCGGUGCUGCUGUUCGGCCUGCCGGCGGUGUUCACCUACACGGGCUUCCUCUUCACCUACUACUUCAAGGUGUACCCGCACAUCGCGCCCUACGUGUUCCCCCUGGCGCUCAUCGCGCAGACGGUGUCCGUCUACCUCACGCUCACCGUCACGCUGGAGCGCUUCGUCGCCGUGUGCCACCCUCUGCGCGCCCGCUCCCUCUGCACGUACGGCCGGGCGCGGCUCUACGUGCUCGCCGUCAUCGCCUUCUCCACGCUCUACAACCUGCCCAGGUUCUGGGACGUGCGCGUCAGCGUGCUGGGCUUCGACGAGCGCCGCAACACCACGCUCUACAUGGUCGAGCCGUCGGGCAUGCGCAGCAACCCCUACUACGUCAAGAUCUACGUGCACUGGCUCUACCUCGUGUUCAUGUACUUCCUGCCGUUCAGCUGCCUGGCGCUCUUCAACGCCGCCAUCUACCGCCAGGUGAGACGGGCCAACAAGGAGCGACAGCGGCUGUCGCGGCUGCAGAAGAAGGAGAUCGGGCUGGCGACGAUGCUGCUGUGCGUGGUGUUCGUGUUCUUCCUGUGCAACAUCCUGGCGCUGGUGAACAACGUGCUGGAGGCGUUCUACGGCGACACCGUGGACCAGCUGGUGAAGACCAGCGACCUGCUCAUCACCAUCAACUCCUCCGUCAACUUCAUCAUCUACGUGACGUUCGGCGAGAAGUUCAAGCGGCUGUUCUUCAAGCUGUUCUGCUCACGCGGCCCGUUCGGCGGCCGCGACUCCCCGGAGGGCGGCACGCACGACGACAGCGUCGUGUCGAACGGCGACGGCAGGAACUGCUCGGUGCGCAGCACGCACGUGUGCCGCCUGGGUCGCGCCGGCACCACGGUGCUGCGCAACGGCAGCGCGUCGCUGGGCGGGCAGCGCAGCGCGAGGCGGCCGCGCGCGCCCUCGCCCGGGCCCUACGUGCACUACCCGGCGCGCGGCGAGUGGGAGUCCUCGGAGCACAAGCCGUCCGUCGUCACCACGGAGCUGGACCGGCUGUAGCCCGUCCGCCCCUGCGCGCCCUCGCCGGCGCUUCAGCCCUGCCCGAACCCGUCUGAGCCAGUCGUGUAACCCAUCGACAUCCUCGUUAUCUCUAUUUGAACCAGAUACGUUGGCAGAGGGCUGGUGAGAGUAGUUCGUAUGUUGGCACCUUUUUUUUAUUAGUGUUGUUUUAUUUAUCUUGCAGUCAUUUAACUAAAUUCGUUGUUUCAGAUAUACAUUUUAACCUGUAUCCUCGCAGUAGUCUCGUGAUUGGGUUUCUAUUCCACAUCUUUAUCAUGAAGUCGUGUAUGCGUACGCGUGACAUCUCGAUUUUCAUUUCAAAGUUUGACGGAAGUUUCAGUAACGGAGAAUUAGAGCCUAAACUAUGUCUCAUUUUAUGUUAAUUUAAGUGUGAACCAACUGUAAAUUUAUGAACGAUCGUAUCAGUGCAGAUAUAUAUACAUAUAUAUAUAUCGCGUAUUUGUUUAAUGUCAACAUACAAAUUAGAUUCCUGUGUACAAGUAUACAUUACUCACAUUUGCUUCCAAAUCGGCUGAUUUCUUAUAAUAAACAUGGCCUUUUUUUUCAGUGGAUCCCUUGUAAUUACCUUAUUUUACAAGUAGUACUUAUUUGUUCACAGUGAUGAGAAACGUGUUGAAACAACUGUGAUCUAAUCAUAAAUUCAGUUCAUAGGUAUAAAGGUUUGCUGCCUAACUUCUAAAUUUCCGGGUCUCUUGUGAAUUUGCUUAUGCUACUCGCUUACACUACCGCUCGAUUGUAAAUGCAACUUAUUUUUUAUCUCUUUUAAACUUUGAAUGCGUCACCGCAUUCCCAGCAGGGCUGAAGUGCUGAUGCGUGGACAGUAAUGAAGAACCAGGGGAAUAAUGUCUAUGUACAGACUGAUGUUGUUCGCCAUCUUCUUGCGACAAACGAACAGCGUGACCGCCGAGUUAUAUCGCAUCGUCUUCGAAGUCAGGCAAUGCGGCGCAACGGUAACUUUUAUUUACUAUCGCCCGGCUAGUGCUCUUGACUUCAGCAGCAAAAUAUAAUAUUACAUCGUCACGAACGUGAAUUUAAAAAAAAAAACUCUACCGAAUGACCAAGAAUGCUGCGAAAACAUUCGACUAAUCCUAGAAAUACGACGAGUCUCACACUUACGGCAUUAGGUAUGUCUGUAUCAACUCAAACACAUGACUGAAACGAUGUUAAUUUAUUUGUAAAACUGUGAUUAAAAUAGGUAGUGCAGUUGUCAGGGUAGAAAAUGUAAACUACGUUAUCAGCGAAAAUGAGAAUCGAAUAUAUCUACUUAAAACACUUGUUAUUAUUGAUGUGUGGUAUUAAGGUAACAAUUACGUAUUUUCAUAGUCACUAAACAACUUUCCAAAAAUAAAGUUUCCAGAAAUUAUUUAGCUUAAAGCAUUGUUGCAGUUACUGUGUUGAAAUAUUAUUUAAAAUACUUUAUGGUUUUUAAGGAAAUAUUGAUCUCUGAAAAACUUAUAAAUACGUAGAAAAAGUAUUUCCUAGUUUCUAAAUGGUUUAAAAAGUAAACAAAUAAUAAAUCAAUGUAGUUUAAUAACAUCAUAAUAAAUACCGUAACCACAAAUACUGGACUUCGUAAUGCAAACAGAAAUUGUAUUGACACUGUAACUAGAAGUAAGCGAUAAUUUAUUCUAACAUAAAACAUUAAAUUCAGUUUGUAACAUGAACAAACUUUAUUUCGGUAGCAAUAAAUUGUAUUUAAAACUCGCAACCUCAAACUUCCUUAAUGCGAGGAAUUUCUUUCUGUGAACAGUGUGUGUGUGUACCAAAUAAGUGAGGUUAAUAUGUCACUUAUUUUACUCUACACAUAGUAAAAAUUGUUCCAUUGUUUAUAAAUAUCAGUAAACAGGUGGUCACGAACUCUGCAGAAAAACUCAAGGGAUGAAUGUCAGUAAACCAAAUAAAAGCUUCGACUUUCAUUAAUAUUAUAAAAUAUUAGUAUUUUUAUCAGAUUUUAUUUUACAUUCUGUUGGUACAUAAUGAAAAAUUUUAUGUUGCACUCUAAAUUUUAUUAUUAUAUUUUUAACAUAUGUACUUAUAGUUAAUAAGCUAUAAUUUCAACAAAAAAAUGCAACUGCAUCAUUUUCUCAAGAAAAAAAGACUUCGUUGUUUGGGAACACAAAAGGGGCAUAUGUUAUUUUUCUUGCUCGAUACUGUCUCUUACACUCACUACAGUAGUACCUGGCUGAGAAAAAUAUAGUGUUGUACCCACAAGCCUUCCAGAAUGUUAAUAUAUGGACAAAAAUGUACUGAUUUAGAGAUGUGACUAUUCCUGCAAUGUAUAAAAAUAUUUUAAAGAGAAAGUGUUAGUGUGUUAUCUCCUGCAGCGACUCGAACAGAGUUGCCAAGGGAGAUAGGGUGGGUUUUUAUCUUGCGAAGAAACUCAAACAGUUUUGUGUACAAGACGCUUUUAUUGGUUAUGAUAUAGCACACGACAAACAUGCAAACUUGGUACCGUUACGUCGCCGUUUGAUUCAAUAGCUGAAACAGGUUAACUGCAAAUGGCUGACGAUCUCUGUGAACACAAAUUACACACUUUUAAUUUGAUGCAAUAAUCUCGUAAUAACAACAAAUAAUAAUCCUGACAAUUAGCGAUUAUAUUAGCAAUGGCAACAAACAAUGUAAUUUUGGUCUUCUAGUUUCUUUGAAUUAAUUUACUGUUACUUCCAAAAUUCCAAACUAUACUUAACUUUACUGAAUUACACACAAUCUUUAUCUGACACACAAUUUAUAAGAUACACUUGAUUUAGACUUAGAACUACGCCGCGAGUUUUGGUCCGCCCUCCAUUUAUAUAAAAAACAUUUAAGUCAAAUCCCUAGUGGCGCCUUCGCCUACACACUAUUGAGGUGCGGCCAACUCAUCGUCUUUAUAUUUCCGGUUAUCCGGCGUCUCAGUCCUGUCUCUAUCAAAUUACUACUCUAUGUACAAUGUCAAUUCCGGGUCAUUUCGCCAACGCUGCCUAUAAACCCUCUUCGCCGUAUGCGGACGAUGUAAAUGUCGACUUCCACUCUCGUUGCGCCGACUCGCUCCUUCCCCACUCGCUGAGUGAGUGUCCCUAAUCAAAAGUCUGCUCCCUUCACUAUUUUCCUUCAGGGGGUAUUCACCCACCCCUGAGGACUUCAAAUUUGACUAGCAGCUUUUCACAAAAUUACUCGCCGAGCGAGUUCCUACUCGCUCCUGGCGAGUAUUGGUGGCGAGUCGUGGCGUCUGAGGUUAAGUCCGUUUCUUCUUAUUAUGUCGUCUGCGGCUAAGUCCCGGUCCAGUGUGAAAAGUUAAAGUCCCACUUACUGCUUGUUGAAAUUCGGCUAAGUCCCACCUCGGCUGCUGAUGGAGGUGAUAGACUCCGGAGGUCACGGCGCGGCAGCCGCAGGCAGAGUCCGGUUGGAGCCUCUCUCGUGGUGGAGCAGCGAUUCCCUUCUGCCCCUGGUGCUGACUUGUCUAAGCCGGCAGCGUCGUGGUGUAGCGCAGUUCCGGGCCUCGUGGGCGAUGGCGGCAGUGUUACGAUCUGUUGUCUUCUUCGGAGCGGUGGUAAGCCGGAGCCUCUGGCUGGCAGCCAGGCACCUUUUGCUUGCUGCUUGAUAACAAACCCGUAUUUAUACCCGGCGAACCCAGCAUGACAUCAUCAAGUGCCAAUCAGCACAGACUUGAAGUGACAUCAUCUAGAGCCAAUCAGCGCUCACUGCCUUGUUGCUAAGGGCUCGGUCGCCUGCGAGUCUCCGGGUUUCCUGGGACCUAGGAGUUAUGCAACCUCUUAGACUCCCGUGUAGUGCAGAUGUCCUGCAUUUUGGGGAAUUCUCGUUGGGUAGGAGUUUCCUACCAUAACAAGUGUAUACUCGAAAAAUAUUUGACCGAUCUCAAAAUUUCUUUCAUUGAUUGUACUCUUCACUCGAAAUCGGAUAUGAUCUACAAUAAAUAGGCAUGCCGUAAGUCGUGCAAGUAACGUUCCAGUUAAAGAAGUGUUUGUAUGCCUAACAGGGAAUGUGAUUCUGAGUCAAGGAUGAAAAAAAAACCUCAACUGUGGAGGCAAACGUAACUGUGUACUGGGAUGAUAAACGUGAUGAUAAAGCCCAAGCUAUGAUUUAAGGAAAGCCUGUUUAACAUUAGUGAUUUAUUUUCCGCUUAUUGCAUGCAUAUAGGCCUGGACUCGAGAGAUGACUUGUGUCGUUUCCGCCCCGCGCGAGAAACCCUCGGACCGCAGAUUACGCGACCUCUGCCCCCCUUUCUAGCUGCGCCCUUGGGGACCAAAGUCUGUAGUGACCUGUAGUGAGGUACCAUCCCUGCAGUCGCCUGUGGCGAGGUACCAUCCCUGCAGUGACCUGUAGUGAGUUACCAUCCCUGCAGUGGUCUGUAGUGAGGUACCAUCCCUGUAGAGGUCUGUAGUGAGGUACCAUCCCUGCAGUGGCCUGUCGUGAGGUACCAUCCCUGCAGUGGCCUGUCGUGAGGUACCAUCCCUGCAGUGGCCUGUAGUGAGGUACCAUCCCUGCAGUGGCCUGUCGUGAGGUACUAUCCCUGCAGUGGCCUGUCGUGAGGUACCAUCCCUGCAGUGGCCUGUCGUGAGGUACCAUCCCUGCAGUGGCCUGUCGUGAGGUACCAUCCCUGCAGUGGCCUGUAGUGAGGUACCAUCCCUGCAGUGGUCUGUCGUGAGGUACCAUCCCUGUAGAGGUCUGUAGUGAGGUACCAUCCCUGCAGUGGCCUGUCGUGAGGUACCAUCCCUGCAGUGGCCUGUAGUGAGGUACCAUCCCUGCAGUGGUCUGUAGUGAGGUACCAUCCCUGUAGAGGUCUGUAGUGAGGUACCAUCCCUGCAGUGGCCUGUCGUGAGGUACCAUCCCUGCAGUGGCCUGUCGUGAGGUACCAUCCCUGCAGUGGCCUGUCGUGAGGUACCAUCCCUGCAGUGGCCUGUAGUGAGGUACCAUCCCUGCAGUGGUCUGUCGUGAGGUACCAUCCCUGUAGAGGUCUGUAGUGAGGUACCAUCCCUGCAGUGGCCUGUCGUGAGGUACCAUUCCUGCAGUGGCCUGUCGUGAGGUACCAUCCCUGCAGUGGCCUGUAGUGAGGUACCAUCCCUGCAGUGGCCUGUCGUGAGGUACUAUCCCUGCAGUGGCCUGUCGUGAGGUACCAUCCCUGCAGUGGCCUGUCGUGAGGUACCAUUCCUGCAGUGGCCUGUCGUGAGGUACCAUCCCUGUAGAGGUCUGUAGUGAGGUACCAUCCCUGCAGUGGCCUGUCGUGAGGUACUAUCCCUGCAGUGGCCUGUCGUGAGGUACUAUCCCUGCAGUGGCCUGUCGUGAGGUACUAUCCCUGCAGUGGCCUGUAGUGAGGUACCAUCCCUGCAGUGGCCUGUCGUGAGGUACCAUCCCUGCAGUGGCCUGUCGUGAGGUGCCAUCCCUGCAGUGGCCUGUCGUGAGGUACCAUCCCUGCAGUGGCCUGUCGUGAGGUACCAUCCCUGCAGUGGCCUGUAGUGAGGUACCAUCCCUGCAGUGGUCUGUCGUGAGGUACCAUCCCUGCAGUGGCCUGUAGUGAGGUACCGUCCCUGCAGUGGCCUGUAGUGAGGCAUCAUCCCUGCAGUGGCCUGGAAUCGUUCAAGGGAACCACGCAAGUCGCCAGUCAUGUUGGCCGAACCAGAAUCCCAGACCGUGGUAGUGCUCUCACGUGCCUUACCACGGCGACACCUCACUACCGUGCGUCGCCGUGCGACGGGCUGCAAUUUGAGGGAGGAGAACUGAAGAAACGAUAGAUACUUGCAGAUUUAACAAAUGUACCAUACCUCACGGGAAAUUUUUUUAAGGACCGAAUUCUAUACUGAAAAAUAAACCACAAUGCAAUUUACGGGUCCUGUCUAUCUGGCACUUAAUUUCACUGAAAACUGUUUGAAAUGCAUGUUUUCGCAAGAAACAAUGGAAUUUGCUUGCAGUUCUUUUCACCUGAGAAGAAAUCAGCCUAAAUUUAAGUUCGGGAAUCGGUUUUAAAAUAUUGUGUUAGUGUCGGAUAUACGUUAUAUUGAAGCUAUUAACAUAUUAGUUGUAUACUUUAACAUUGAUUUGUAUUUAAAUCGUUCCAUUGAAUAUCCACGAAAUUAUCCCAAUUUUAAGCACUGAUUUUUACUACACGCUUUCACCCACAAAAAAAAAAAAAAAGUAGCUUGGAGUGAAGUCCUACAGGUGAAUCCGUCACUUCAGAGAAUAGAGGCGUUAGGUAACUUGUAGCGCAAGCGACCUUCGUUUUUAGAGCUUCCUUGUUUCCGUACAAGAAGUAACAACAAAUCCAAAAAGAGUGGACCACUUAAGGUUGAAUACUAGUCUCGUGACCAUUCUGUUUACAUGACUAUCAAUACUGUCGUGUCUUGUGUCACCAGAGUGUAUCACUAGAAAUGGAAAAAAAAACUUACAUAGUUAUAAGGAAUAAAGAAGUUACGUUCACAAAGUUUUAAAGUUUUAUUUUCCUACUGCCAAUUUCGAGAGAACUUAUUAUGAAAGCUUUAUGAUGAGAUCUAAAACUUUUAAAGUUCAAAUUUCCAUGAACUUGGCAAAAUUUUCAGCACUUAUUUGUUGUGUUUAAGUACAUAAAUACAAGUGUGACACAAGCAAUUAAAUUUUUUAAAAAUGCACUUUGACAGCACAAAUAUUUACAUGAGUCAUAAUAAAAAGGUCAGGAUCUGACAAAAUAUUUUUAAUCAUCCCGUUAUAAUUGUUUUAUAUUAAUUUAAUUACACAAGCAAUGUCCGUUUUGCAUUCCUUAGUUUUAAAUGGAUAAUUUACAUCAAAAAUAUAACGAAUAUGCGCGGACCUUGAAGCAAGCGUCUACCUCAGUGUUAGAUGUUAAAGUGUGAUAUGGUUUUAUUUUUAUGUAUUUUUUAUGUAGUUCUGCUUGUUUUGCAAUACCAGCACCUACUGUUUUAUACAGAACUAUACAAAUAGCUUUCGAAGCGAAGAUAAUCUCUCCAUCGUUCUCGUAAUUAAUGCGUAAAUCAUCAUCAUUAUACACCAAGAAUUUGCUCAACGUAUAGUUUAAUUUUCCUUCUCAAUUUCAAUCAGUUUUUACUAUAGUGUGCAUGUGAUGAAUCAUCUUCUGAAGCAUCAUUGGUUUUUAAAUUUAACAUAUAUUUAAAAUGAUUAUAUUUCUUUUUUAAAUAAAGGCAACAACUGCUCGCAACUUUUAAACGAUGAUUUGAUUUAGAGUAUUACAUCUCUUAAACAAAAAGUUGUUUAAGAGUAUCCAAUUGUAACAAGUAUCUGAAAAUUAAGAAGAGGAACAAUUAUUUGACUUGUCCUCAUUUAUGUUUUAGCAAUUAGUGUAAUUAUGUAAAAAGACUUCUUCCUUAUAAAAAUGAUAAUGUACGAAUUUGUGCUGAAAUAUUUGAUCUGUAAUGAACAACAUGACUUUAUCAAACAGUAUUAAUUUGAAAUAUCUUAUAAUGUUAUGUAAAUAAUUUCAAUGUCUCUAAAAUGUUGGACACCAAAUUAGAUUAAGAUUGAACAAAUUAUUGUCAUUUCAAAUAAUUUAAAUUUAUUUUAGCUUCAUUUGGUACAGUUCACUUUUCUUUAGUGUUUAAGGGUUAAUUUAUAUUUAAAAAAUAUAUCACAUUCCCGAUCAUGCAGUUAAAAAUUUAUGCAGAAAGUGCAUUAAAAAGCCCCUAUACAAAUGUUUCUUAGCGAUAUAUAACUCAUUGAUAGCACUAGCAAACCCUCUUAAGUGAUCGUGUCAGCAGGAUUUUCUUUCAAAUAUUUAUUUUCUCUCAUACCGAUUUGACAUUGCGUUAAAUCAUUUCCAUUUCUACAAAAAAAAAUAUUAUAGCACACCACUCCUCGAUAAAUUUUUUCUAAGUAAUAUUGUGAAUAUUCUUAGCAUACCAAUGUGUUUGUUCCAAGGCAUGCAAGAAAAAAAUGAAUAAAACUCAUUGGCUUUUAUGUUUGAAAUUGAAAGUUUGUGUGCUUGUUUUCCUCUAAUAAUUUAACAACCAUAACGAAUAAGAACUAAUUUAAUUGCCUGCGCUAUAGCUGUUACAUGCCGAUUUUUACUCGAAUGUCCAUUGUCACUUGUUCUGAGUACGUAAACGAGCUUACGAAGCACUUGCAUGGCUACCAUUGCCUUCUCUCUUAACUACUAGGUUCCAUUCACACCGAUGUGCUGCCUGGGAAAGUUAUGAUGGAGUCAACAUGGUGCGACAGAAGCGACGCGAUUGACGCGAUGCGACAGUAAAAUAUCGCGGGUAUUGUGAACAUGCGAUUGUCACCCACCCACGCGGUAAACUGAAAUAAACAAUUAUUUAUGAAAUAUUUGUUAUAUUUCAUAGCAACAAAACAAUCAGUCAUCAAUAUGUGAAGUUUUUAUUCCCGCCGCCAUGUUUAAGACAAGUAUUUUCAUUUUAAAGCAAUUUUAAUGUUGAUCUGAAAAAAUCAGUGCGCGUAAACAUUUUCAAAAAUUCUAGUAUAAAUAUAAUCUAACCAUUUUUCUUUUUUAAUAUGCUAUCAAUACACAUGUAUAACCAUCGUUCUAAAACAGAAGUCUAACGCUCAUUUCAAUAACGUCGAGCCUCCAAAGAAAUUAAAAUAGAAAAUUGAUCUAGACAAGAAGUCUGUCAGAUCGACAUUUGCGUAGCGCUGACGUCAUGUGUGUCAAACCAAAUUGGUUUCAAAAAAAAAUUCGCACCGCACUCUUCAAAUCGUGCUCAUCAUGCUGUCGUUAAUCCAGCAUUAAGUUGCUGCUGUUUUUUCCUAUAGACAUUUUGCCAAAUUCAACCCCUAGCAGGUGAAAAUGGGUAAGUAUUAUUAUAAGAUUAAUAACUAGAUCUCCGAAUUAAAUUAAGCAUAAUAAUUUAUUUUGUGUACCAAUAAUAAAAUUACGACAACUACCAAUCACAAUUUUAUCAUUUUUUUUUUUCAAAAUUCAACCCCUAAGGGGUGAAAAAGGGGUAAAUAUGAUUUUAAAAUAAUUAAUAAUAUCUCCGAGCUAACCUAGCAUAACAAAAUAUAUUAGGGACUAAUAAUGUAAUAAUAAACACAGCAAUUACCAACCACGAAUUUACGAAUUUGCGAAAUUCCAGCCAUAAGGGGUGAAAAAGGGGUGAAUAUUGUUUUAAGAUAAACAAUUUUAACUGCAAAUUAAUAUAGCAUCUUAUAUAAAAAUCGAUAACAGUUAUAAAAAUACGAAAACUAUCAACCACAAUUUUACCAUUUUGCGAAAUUCAAACCCUAAGUUUGCUAAAAUGUGUAGUUGUGUUUUAAAACAAAAAAAAAUAACACUUCCAAUUCAAUUAGAACUAGAAGUAAGAAACUAAAAAUGAACUUGCAUCUGGAGUUAGUAUUGCUUUUUUUUCCUGCAUUGAAAUUUGUUUUUAAUGGGGGUGAAAAAGGGAUAAUUUUACAUAUAUUUUAAAACUCGUAUCUCCGAAGAUGUAAAUUAAAUGAUAAAACAAUAAACUAAAGAAUGUGUCAAAACGUGUUCUGCAUUGUGACAUUUAAAAAAAUAUAUAAAUAUAGGCCGGUCACUCAAAAUAAUUUUAAACUAGAUAUAAAAAGAACCUUACCAGUUAUCAAAGAAAUUUUUAUCAAACAUAUUGUAUAAAGUUUGAAAAAAAUCAUUCUUUCUAAAAUGUAUAUAUUUUAAAGUUGAAAUUUGUCUUUUGUUUUGGUACUGGAAACUAGUGGCAAAACAAACACUCAAUAAGCAAAAAUACUAUGAAAAUAUACAACUGUCCCAAACAGCAAUGAAGCACUUGUAUCUAAUGAGAAGAUUGUGAUAUUAAGAAAUAGUAAUAAGAGAUUUUCGAUAAGGAAGUUCCAAAUAACUUAUUUAUAAUUAUUGGCUAUAGUAUAAAAAACAAAUAUAAUGAGAAACUUUUAUUUGAAAUUUUUUUAUAAUAUAACCGAAUAACUUUAGACUUAACGAAAAGCAAAAAGGUUUAAAUAUAUAAAGCAAUAUUAAAAAUAAAAUUUUCAUAAAGAUUUUUUUAACUUCGCAACAAAAACAUUUUCAAUUACAUUUGUACACAACAAUGCACUUAAUUUAUAGUACAUCGAAAUAAUAAUAUUGUGUUUAUUAUAUUUAAAAGUUCGCCCAAUUUAUUUACAUGCCCCUGAAAAAACAAGGCCCAUCGUAAUUUAAAUAUUUGUUUUAAUUUUAAAUAAAAACUUUGAGUUUAUGAAUAACAAUAAUAUUUAUAUUGAGUUUUCGUAAAAAUCGAAUCUUAUUUGAAGAUGGUCUGUCAAAACUUAAAUGUAGAUAAACAUAAAUGGUGUACCUACACAAGUAUUCCAUGAAUACGAUGGCUGUACUCAUUAAUUAUGCAAUUUUAUCUACUCUGUAUUUCAGCACUCUUGGUGAUUUCACAAUCUACUUUCAUGACGACUCUUGGUACUUUAAAACCCUGUUCGACUUCAUUAUAUUUUGUGUUCUUAACUGCGUAAGUCACUAAGAAUGAACGUGCACAGAGUCUUUUUUUUUCAAGUACCGAAUUAUCGUUUCUAUGUUUUUAUUCUACAGGUUUAGGUAAAGCUUUACAUUUUUCUUUAACAUGGUUUAAGCUUAUGUUGAAGGAAUAUAUAAAGCUUAUGAUACUCGACAAAUCAUUCUGAAUACCUACUUCAUCAAACCAACACCACAUGCACUUAAAGCAUGAUUUAAUGGUUUCAAGCUCAUUUUGUGACUUAAUUCACGUUUACGGAAUAAUUCCCUUGGGUUAAAUAGAUAGAAAAAGACUGAUACCAUUUUUUAGACCAAUUAAAUAUCUGAGUGGCCCAAAUUGUUGCUAGGGUUUAAUUUAUCACGUUAUCAAUCAAUUUUUAUUUGUUAUGUUUACAAAUUUACCCUUAAAAUGGGUAUUGAUGCCUCGUAACAGGGAAAGUUUUAGUAAUUUUGAGGAUAAUUGUGUUAGUUUACAAGGACUUUUGCUGAAAUUUAGGCCGCCGUUAAGUCUCAAAUCCAAUAUGGCAGCCGGUCAUUGACCCGCGCCCUGCACCCAGCCUGAGGCCUGUGCCAGUCCCGCCGUAAGCACACUACUGAAGUGGAACCAAAGAAGGAUCUGAUAACUAACGGUUAUUUUACAGUAGAUGUUCAAUCACAAUUACUUUGGCGGCAAUGCAUUCCGCACCAAUCAUGUGAAAUGAGCGUGUUGCGUCGCUCACCCGCGUUUGUUCUGCGGCGACUUACCAUCGGACAAUGCUGCAAGCGCGCACUAAACACUAGUGCAUUUUGGCGCAUUGUCAUAACGCCAUGCGUAUUGCGAUUAGAACCCAUGUUGUAACUUUUUUUUUACUUUAAACAGCGGCAAUCUACAACCACUACGAUUAUUUUAUUUUCAAUCAUCUUGUAUAGAGAUAAGUAAGAAAUUAAAAGAAGCACUGCUUCAUAUUGUAGUCUGAAUAUCAUCAAGCCUGGAAAAAAUAAGGGUCUGGCCUUGUACUAGGCCUACUUGUCGGGGCAUAGUAGCAUAGAUUUCACCAGCUGACAACUUAAAACAAUUCAAAUUUAUAUUAAUCUAUAAGUGAAAAUGUAUGAAUCUUAUCAGGAGUACCUUUUAUUCUCUUGGAACUUAAAUGAUUAACAGAAAAUUUAAAGGCCUCUCUUCGCCUGGGAAUACCAAAGAAAUAACCUCAUUAAGACACGGUGUACGUUUUACUAAAUGCUACUUUUACCAUGUAGUCAUGCAGUCCCAAUUGGCAUGCGUAAUUCCUGGAAUAUAUCAAGAUUUGACGCCUGUUAAGAGCUGCAAAUGACUUGUUGGUAAGAUGAAAGAGUGGGAAGAAAAAUUCACAGUGUUUCGGUACGGAAAUGUAUUUCAACGUAAUCUACGAUUACCACUUUUAAAUAAAUCGUAUUCUGUUUUUAAUGUCCAUUGUAAUAGUCAUCCUGAUGAUGGCGUACUGGGGAGAAAAAGCGCUUUUAAACACUUUACUCUAGUAACAGUAUCUUAGCAGUAAGUAUUACUCCUUCAGAGUCUAAUUUUUUACAUCUGUGUUAUACUUAGUAUAUUGGGUCAAUGAUGGCUAUUGAAGAGAUUGGUAACCAACAUUUUAUGAGACUUCAAUGUCUGUCGUGUCACCAUAUGGUGACAUGUCACUUCACUAAUUCUGUUUACUGUAUGUUAUUUCCUUAAUACUUAUUGUGGCAGUUUCAUAGUCAUACCUAUACCCCUCUUCCUGUCUACUUUAUAUUUACUUCGAUAUCCUGUGUGUCAUUCCACUUAAUUGCUGUUUAACUUUUGAAUAAACUACCUGAACUGUAAA